CCAGUUAACACGGUCGCUCGUUAAACCGAAACACCGCCCGGCUGUCAGCAGUUCCACUUGACAUCAGGAUGCUAACUCGUUAGCACGACAAACCUCGUCUGUUAUGACACGUGCGCCGUGACGACACUGAAGAAACCAGUCUGCAGCUCUGAUCUCAUCAGGUCCUGACAGCGAGGACCGACGCACCCGAGAGGGAGAAGUUCAACUGAAUAACUCUGGGCGAGGCCGCGGCGUUUUAAAAACGUCGUCUGAAUGAGACCGGACCUUGAACCUCUGCGUCGUGCACAGUUUGUCGGUCACAGCUUCUUCUGUUGGCUCUGAAGCUCUGACAGGUUUCAAGCUGCAGCCCUGAGUCUCUUCUCAAUGAGGUACAGAGGAGCUCAGAUCUGUCUCUGGGCUCAUGGCUCGACCUCUCUGUCCCGCCUCUCCGUGCCCAGCAGAAUCACUCCGGUCCGAACCUACAGCGCGCUCCAUCAGCCCGACCCCCCUCCGCCCGCUAACCCCGUCCCUCCUGAUGGGAAGGGCGGUGCUGAGGUGGUGAAGGAGCGAGCCGUCGCUGCCUUAAAGUACGCAGGUGAUUUGGGGCGGCAGUGGGGUCAGAUGUCGGCUCAGAAAGCCACCGCGUCGGUUAAUUACUGGUGGGAGAGGUACGAGGAGUUCGUCGGGCUCAACGAGGUCCGCGUGGCCCAGACCAAAGUCACAGAGGCUGAGGCAGCGUUCAUGGUGGCCAGAGGGAUGGUGCGCGAGGCUCAUGCCAGCCUGGAGGCCCUGCAGGUCAGGCUGAAGGAGAUCAGAGACCGGCUGGACAGAGUAUCCAGGGAGGAGGCUCACUACCUGGAGCUGGCCACGCUGGAGCACAAACUGCUGCAGGAGGAGCGUCGUCUGCGGACAGCGUACGAGAACGCCGAGGGUUCGGAGAGGGAGAAAUUCGCCUUGUUCUCCGCAGGCGUCAGAGAGAGCCACGAGAAGGAGAGGACGAGAGCGGAGCGCACCAAGAACUGGUCCGUCAUCGGCUCGGUGCUCGGAGCCCUGAUCGGGGUCAUGGGAUCGACGUACGUCAACCGCGUCCGCCUGCAGGAGCUGAAGAGUCUGCUGCUGGCGGCCCAGAAAGGUCCAGAGAGUCUGCAGGAAGCUCUCCGAGUCCAGGCCGGAAACCAUCGCUCCCAGCAGGACGAGCUCCGGACGCUCAUCGACAACCUCAGGGUCGCUCUGAGUGACGCCUUAACGCAGAGAGACCUCAGCCUUCAGGACAAGGCGGGUCGGACCUCAGGCUCGCCCGCGGUGCCUCUUUCAACCUUAAGUGACCUCCGCCUCAGCAGCCAAAAGACAGAGUCCCUCCUCGAGUCCCUCCCGCCACAGCUGGGUCAACUGGAGCAGGGACUCGGUAGAGUUGAGGGUGAGUUGUCGGUGGUGAAGAAGUUGAUUGAGACCAGACCACAAGCUGAACCACAGGCUGGUCAGCUGCAGUUAUCUGCACCAGAGAGAGUGGACCAGUGGGAGUCGGAGACGGUGCUGAGGCGUUUGGAGGAGACGCAGAGGACGCUGGGAGAACGAAUCAGGACCAGCACUGUUUAUAACGCCGUGUUUACUUACACCGCCACCGCCGUCACCAUCUCUGCUGUGUACCUGCUGCUCAGAGGAGCUGCUUAGACGUUCACAUGCACUGUAACGCUACCAGGACUAAUAAAUGAUGCCAGAAUACAAACAUUCACUCUGUAAGUAACUCGAUUUUAUUCCUGUUUAAACUGAAUCAAUUUAAUCCAGAAUGAACGGUACAGUGUCGACGUGACGUCACGUGCGAGACGUCGUUCAGAACAAAAUCAGUCGAGGCUGAAACAGAAUCAACGUUUGGAGAAACGCAACCUGAUGAUGAGCGAGUGAGCGAGAACGUGAAUCCUGCGACAGAGCCGGACGUGGUGUGAGUAGCCUUAGUGCCGUGAUGUGUGCUUCUCUAACCAGCCCUGCUGAACAAUCAAAAGUGCAAAAAUAAAUGAAUAAUUCACUUAAAUGUAUAAAACAAA